AUAUCAAAAUGGUACUGGGCCAAUAUAUCACGUGACAUUUCGGUGGGCUGUAUUAAAACUGAAUGAAUUGAGGAAAAUGGCCGAGAAGAAGAAAGAUAAGAGUGAGGAGACCUUUGAAGUCAUGGACAUGGUAGAGUAUGCCAAGAAACAGAGAUGGUGGAACAAAAUAUUUGGCAAGAACUCUGGGCCCGUAGCAGAGAAGUAUGAUGUUGCCACCCAGCUUGCCAUUGGUGGAGUGUCUGGCUGGUGUGCAGGGUAUUUGUUCCAGAAAGUUGGGAAGCUGGCGGCUUCGGCAGUGGGCGGAGGCUUCUUUUUGCUUCAGAUGGCCAAUCACACAGGAUACAUCAAAGUGGACUGGAAGAGAGUGGAGCGGGAUGUAAACAAUGCCAAGAAGCAGCUGAAGUUGAAUGCAGAUAAGCCCACUAAGGAAGUCAGGACAAAAGUGGAUGAGGUGCAGACAUUUGUGAAGAAGAAUAUUAUCCUCACAGGAGGUUUUGCUGGGGGAUUUCUGCUGGGCUUGGCCUCUUAAGAGCCUCUCAUUUCUGUCUUUAAUAUUUUUGUGUCAAAUACAAGGCUGAAAAAAGCUUAACCUAAGCAGCUAUCUAGAUAUGUAAGUAGACUACAUCGAUAUCAUAUGUCAAACUAACUCAUAGGCUUGAUGUGUUUUUGGGCUUAUGGGCAUGUGUCAAUUUGAGAAAACAGCAAUUUAAAUACUAUGUCUGUGGUUGAGGUUUAUGCAUGGCCUGUGCACAUAUGGCAGGCGCAUUGGCUUUAACUUUCCUAUGCGUUGUUUUGGUAUGGUACUUAUUUGAGAGAUUGUUCAGAUCCACUUAAAUAGUUGUGGAACUCAGGGUUCUCCCCAGGAUUUUUUUAACAAGGUGCUGCUGCUGAGUACGGCCGGGGGGAGGCCUGGAGUGGGGUAGUGCCCCCCUUUUGGACUCAGAUUUGUGCUUUUUUAACACCUGUAACUGCCACUUCCUGCAAUCUAGAGCAAAAAUUGCCUUAUAUAAUAAAGUGGCGCGGCGCCUCUUACAUUCUUUGGGGAGAACCCUGGAACUGGAGCAAAGACCUUUUUGAACUUGUUUUCCCUAAUGUGGGAUUUGUUUUGUAAUAUCCUUCAUUUUCUAAGUUAAGAUCAAGAAGGUUGUUGUAUGUGUUUAAAUGUUACUUAAAACCAAAGGGUUUCAGAGUUAAAAGCAGAAGUACAUUUACAUUUAAGUCAUUUAGCAGACACUCUUAUCCAGAGCAACUUACAAAUUGGUGCAUUCAACUUAGGAUAGCCAGUGGGACAACCACCACUGGGGAGGGGGGGUGUAGAAGGAUUACUGUUACAUGUAUGAGUAAGUACUAUAUGACAGGACUAGGAGGCCACAGUAAUGCAAGUUUGAAUGGUAUUUUGAAGUUAUAUUCUUACCUGAAAAUCAUUUCAAAGUGUAAGUCAAAGACAAUCAUGUUGUGUGCAUAUUAACCGUCCCCAAUAGUAUUGACUUAUUUACCAGUGCAGGAGGUUGCGUGUGAAGUAUUUAUUUGAGACCAAGGAGUUAAAGGCCAGACUGGACUUAUGAUUUGGCUUUCUAAUUCCCUGCUUAAGAGUGAUGUCUGUUGUUUGUGUGCAAGUACAGGUUGUGUUCAUUAUAGGUGCACUAUCAAAAGCUAGGGUGUAUUCAUUAUUUGGAUUCCGUUGUAAACGUUUAAUCUGUUGCAAAACAGUGCAAUGGAAGCUGUUUACUCCACAGAAAAUGUUUUGCAAUGAAAACAAGAGUUUCCAUUGGACACAUUCAGUUAGGUUCUGUUUGCUUCCUCGUGUAAACAGUUUUUGUUGUAAAAUGUUUUGCAACAGACUAAACAUUUUACAACUGAAUCAGACUAACGAAUACACCCCUGCCUAACAGCAUACAAGAAUCCUGUGUUUUACAAAUGACUAUGGACAAUUAUGGAAUGUAAUACAUGGAAGAUAUCAAUAGCCCUUUGUAUGGAACAUAUGGGAUGACAAAUACACUGAUAGAAAUUAAAGUUUGCUCUAAUUAUUUCUCCAAUGUUUGUUAUUCUCCUCAAUGCAACCAUUACCCAAGUACUUAGCUUUAGGAAAGUGUAAAAUGUGCUGUCAAAAGCUUUAAUUGUAUUUUUUUCACUGUUAAAAUGCAAUAUUUUGUUACAAGCAAAAUGUAACAUUCUGGGAGAAGUAAUAAAGUGAAUUGUAUUUUAGAAUGA